GUAGGUACCUAACUACCUACCUACUACUAUGGAGGGUAGAGGUAAGGAGAACCGUCUCAUAUGGUGGUGGUCUUUACUGGUGGUAGGAGCUCUUGUGAGUCCGCACGGAUAGGUACCACCACCCCACCUAUUUCUGCCGUGAAGCAGUAAUGCAUUUCGGCUUAAAGGGCGGGGCAACCGUUGUAACUAUGUAUACUGAGACCUUAGAACUUAUAGCUCAAGGUGGGUGGCGCAUUUAGGUUGUAGAUGUCUAUGGACUCCAAUAACCACUUAACACCAGGUAGGCUGUGGGAUAGUCCACCCAUCUAAGCAAUAAAAAUAAAAAAUAUAUAUUAUAUGGGCUUGAAAAAGUGUCCCACGUUCAGCACUAAAUAACAGUUCAAAAAUCCUCGAGAAUGGCGCUAGCAUAGGUAUGGGGUAUGAUAUGAAUUGAGCAGUUAUUAACUGAUUGAAGUAGGCUGAGUUAGGAAAUUUAAUAUAUUUAAUGACUAGAGUAGUUAGUCACAGUGUAAUAUGCAGGACCUCGCAUAUUUACGUAGUCGAAACUAAUUUCGUCAAUAUAACCUAAAAUUAUUGCUGUGGUAAAACGUGGAGACAUCGAUUGCAUUUUCUUAUCAGCUUUAAAUAAAAUACUUUUUGUGAUUUUGUAGUGCUUACAGUUCUUUUGUCCUUUUUUAAUUCUCUAUCCUAAUCCUAAUAACUUUCAGCGCCUUUUUUUUUAAUUUACCCGGUUGCUACUGUAGCGCCACCCAUAUUUAGCAGAUUUUAACGGACACUUUUUACACAUAGACGGUUCUCCUUACCUCUACCCGUCAUGGUCUUAAUUGAUAAAUUAUUAUUUAGUUUUUUAAAUCAAAUUAUUUCAAGGAAUAAAACCCAGAAACGAUAUUAUCUCAGUAGCAAAUUUUAGGGCAAGGCAUACAUAAAAUACCAUAAAAAAAUCGAAACCAUUCCGAACCAUCAAAUCAUAAAUCGAAUUAAUUUAUAAUUUAUAUGUACAUUCGGUAAUUCUGUUAUAAUGAUUUAAAUUUAAAAUCAUUAAAUAAAAUCUGAUAAUUCAAAUAAGGUUUUAGUUAACAGUAGUAAGAAUUCCGAUGAAUAUACUAAACCAGACAACGGCAGGGGUAGUAAGUCGAAAAAAAGUAAAAUGGCUCAGAAUACAGCAACUGGUACAUUUUCGAACAUAAUCACACAAAUUCAGAAUUUGCCUACCAUGGAUCUAGGCAGGAGAUUUCGAACCCCGUGCAAAACUGGAAACAAAUGUGGAAAGGUUAUCAAAAGGCUGAUGGUACCUAAAUUGGCCCAAUUAGAAAAUACUAUAAUGGGUAUCAUGAAGGAAUUAACUAAAAUGCCCCCAGGGUCUCGGCUUCCUGAUAAGUUUACUAAAACUGAACCAAUUAAGUUGUUACUGGAUCAAAAUUACAAAGAAGACGUGUGUAUGGACAAGCUGGAGUCCUGCUUGAAAGAAGAUAAACGUCGUAAGCGCAUUCUGAAGAAGUUGUUCUUUAAGAAGUACAACUCUUUGAGGCAGGAUCUGAUCGGAUAUGGUGGCAGAAGACUGUGGGGUGGCGAAGGAAACUUGUUCUACUAAAGAUGUUAAAAAUUAAAUGAAUUGAAUAAA